UCCUCCCCCUGGUGUUAUGUCAGUGGUUCUGGUCUGAGGGAGUCCAGACCUGCAGGAUUGGACCAGCAGCUCAGAUAUGGCCAAGUGUUCAGGAUGUGGACCAGGAUACCGCAGCCCGCUGGACGCCAUGAAGGGUCCUCGGGAGGAGAUCGUCUACCUGCCCUGCAUCUACCGAAGCACCGACAUCCUGAAACCCGACUACCUGGCCACCGUCGACGUUGACCCAAAGUCUCCGACCUACAGUCAGGUGAUCCACCGGCUGCCGAUGCCGAACCUUCGUGACGAGCUGCAUCACUCCGGCUGGAACGCCUGCAGCAGCUGUUUUGAUGACCCCUCCAAGACACGAAACCGUCUGAUUCUGCCGUCGCUGAUCUCCUCGAGAAUCUAUGUUGUCGAUGUGGGGACGAAUCCCAGGGCACCCAAAAUGCACAAGAUGGUGGAGCCAGUCGAUCUGUUCUGGAAGUGCGGUCUGGCGAAUCCUCACACCAGCCACUGUCUGGGCAGCGGUCAGAUCAUGAUCAGCUGCAUGGGAGACCCAGCGGGGAACGGCAAAGGUGGGUUUGUUCUGCUGGAUGGCGAGACGUUCGAGGUUAUCGGUAACUGGGAGCACCAGGGGGAGGCUGCGCCGUUCGGCUACGACUUCUGGUACCAGCCGAGACACAACGUGAUGAUCAGCACCGAAUGGGGGGCGCCCAAAGCUCUGGUCAAUGGAUUUAACCCUGCUCACGUUAAAGAAGGCCUCUAUGGCAGCUCCCUCAAUGUUUGGGACUGGACCACCCACAGGAAGCUGCAGACGCUGGAGCUGGGUGAAGACGGCGCCAUUCCUCUGGAGGUCCGGUUCCUGCACGACCCAAGUGCCACCGAGGGAUAUGUGGGAUGUGCUCUGAAGUCAACCGUGUUUAGGUUCUACAAAACACCCAAAGGUGACUGGGCUGCAGAGAAAGUCAUCAGUGUUCCUAGCAAGAAGGUGGAGGGAUGGAUGCUGCCAGAGAUGCCAGGUCUCAUCACAGACAUCCUGAUCUCUUUGGACGACCGUUUUCUCUACUUCAGUAACUGGCUGCACGGUGACAUCAGACAGUAUGACAUUACAGACCGGAGGAACCCCCGAUUGGCCGGCCAGGUGUUUCUGGGAGGAAGUCUUGUGACUGACGGACCAGUCAAAAUCCUGGAGGAUCCAGAAAACCAGCCGCAGCCCAGCCCCCGUAUAAUCCAGGGGAAACGUAUCCCUGGAAGUCCUCAGAUGUUGCAGCUCAGUUUGGACGGUCGCAGACUUUAUGUGACGACGUCUCUGUUCAGCGGUUGGGACAAGCAGUUUUACCCCGACAUGCUCAGAGAGGGUUCCGUGAUGAUGCAGAUCGAUGUGGACACUGUCAACGGCGGUCUUUCCCUGAAUGAGAACUUUCUGGUGGAUUUUGGUAAAGAACCCGACGGUCCGGCUCUGGCCCACGAGCUCAGGUAUCCUGGUGGAGACUGCACCUCUGACAUCUGGCUAUAAACAAGACGCCUCAGCUGCUGCUUUUUACUUCAUCUCAUGAUUUUCUGAUUCUUUUUUUCCUCCUCAGGCGCAUUUAAAAACACAAACACGGCAAAUCUGAGAUGAAUAACACGCAUGAAUGAGAAUAUUCAGCACAGAUCAAAUGGAAGUUUCUGAAAACAGAACAGGAAGUAAAAAUUGUUUGUCCUUUUCUGACUUCAGAAUCAACCACUAAAAAAAACUUUGUCUUACUUCAUAGUGUAAAAAUGUAAAUCAAAAAAAACAGCACAAACACAUUUAAGUACACGAUGUGAGAAUAAAACGUGGUGACUGUUCUGAGAGUCACGUCCUUAUGUUGUCACAUCCAGCAGAAGAUUUUACAUUGUUGUUGUUGGCGGCGUUGUUUGUUGUUGAAUAACAACAAACGGCACCGAGAUUCAUGACUUCAGCUGAAGAAAACUUUGAUUGCUAAUAGUAGAAACACAAAUUACAAGAUUUAGGAAAUUUUUCAGAAUAGAGAAUGAAGGGCAUUAAAUGCUCCAUUUACUUUGACUUUUUUUGUUGUUCUUCUUGUUCUUAAAUGAUUUUUACUAAAAGUAAAUGUUUAAAACAUUUUUAAAAUGUCCUGUGAUACAAUCAAAAAGAGUUCAAUAAUAUUUUACUGGUGAAAAAACACAGCAGCACCUAUAAACAGAUCUAUGGAAUAAAUUGUGGUUUUGAUGAGCCGCUAGUGAUUGCGGCCUGCAGGGGGCGCUGCUGCAGGAAAUAUCUGCUGCUGUUACCUGCAAAAAAUAAAUAUGAAAAAUAAUUUUCAUUAAAUAACAUAUAACAUAUGUUCAGAUAGAUAAACCAGUCAUGUUUUCAUAAAUCAGAUUGUCAGAAUGAAUUGACUUGAUCAAUUAAAACCAAUCACAGUGAUUGAUUAACCUGCAGAUCAACAUGAUGUCAGUCAGAAAUAAGAUUUUUGACUGAUUUUAUUUUCUCUCUUCAUCAAACUGUACUUUCAUAUUAAAAAUGAAAUCUUC